AUGUGGUCUAAAGCCUGGGGGGCGUGGCACUCUGCGCCGAGGCCUCCGCUCCCCCAGCUUCCUCCUACUUCCUCUCUCAUCUGCUCCAGCUUCCUCCUACCCCUCUCCUCCCUCGUGAGCUUCCGCGGACCAGGGACCUUCCCACUAUUUUGUCUGCUUCAGCUUACUCCUACCCCUCCCCUCUCUUGUCUUCUCCAGCUUCCUCCUACCCCGAUUCUCACAGUCACCGCAGAAUUAAGUCCUUUGAGAUUUCGGUCUCCGAAUAGGCCGGUCCCUUGUCUUCCCUUUCCCCUUAAAUGUCCCACGGCUUGGAAAAUAAUAUGA